AUGGAGCUUUCACAGGGACUGUUUACAUUCAAGGAUGUGGCCAUUGAAUUCUCUCAGGAGGAGUGGGAAUGCCUGGACCCUGCUCAGGGGAACUUGUAUGGGGACGUGAUGCUGGAGACCUACAGGAACCUGAUCUCCCUGGAUGAGGAUAACUUCCCUCUGGAAAUUGAUUAUUCUGCUGAAUUUGCAAUCAAGGAAUUACCAUCAAGCAAGGACAUUGAUAAAGGAGAAUUACACCAUCUAGUGACAUCAGAGAGAAAUGAAAGUCAUGGCAUCAAGGAUUUUGAUCUCAAGGAAGUCUGCGCACAUAUGCAGGACAGUGAGAGUGAGUGGGGAUCUGAUGUAAGAAAUGACAAAGAAGUGCUUUGGACCCAUAACAAAAAUCUCACUCAGAGAGAAGAUCAAGAUAGUAAAUCCUUAAUUAAUUUUCCCCAGAGUGUUUCUGUAAGAAGUAAUGCACGUGAAUAUUUCACACAUGACAAGCCAUUCAUAAGAAGUUUGUUAACAAUGAAAAAUAACGUAAGCAUUGCUGCAAACAAGGAUAUAAAGUGUUUGGAAAGCAGAACUGGAGUAAGGCCGCAGGCACAGGUGGCUGAACUGCAGAGGUUUCCAACUGAGGAGAAAAUGUACGCGUGCCCUCAAGUUGAGCAGUCAGUCAACAAGGGUCCCUCAGUUUCACCACUUCACCGAAUUCCUCCUGGUGUGGAAAACGCUUUGUUACCUGCACAAUACAGGAGAACACACACUGAAGAAAAAUCUAACAAGUGUAAUGACUGUGGGAAGGCUUUUAGCAAAAGAUCAAACCUCACAAAUCACAAGAGCAUUCAUUCCGGACAGAGACCUUACAGAUGUAAUCAGUGUGGCAAAGCCUUUAACCACCAGUCACACCUCACAACACAUCAUAGAGUGCAUACAGGAGAGAAAGAAUAUAAAUGUGAUGUAUGUGGCAAGGUCUUUAGUCGAAAUGCACGUCUUGCAAAUCAUCAGAGAAUGCAUACUGGAGAGAAACCUUACAAAUGUGAUGAGUGUGGCAAAGCUUAUACCCAGUUUGCAAGCCUAACUAGGCACCUGAAAAUACAUGCUGGAAACGACUAUAAGCCUCACACAUGUGGCAAUGCUUUUAUUCAAAACUCAAAGUUUAGGGAUCAUCAGAUUUCACAGUAG